UAUUUCGCUUCCUCUUUUUGGAAACCCUAGUUUCCUGCUGCGGAGUCUGGGGACUCUGGAGUCUGGACUGCCGAGAAAAACCCUAGCUUCAGACGACACUUGAGACAGUUUGAGCAUUUUAGGGCUUAAGUUUUGGCGUAGACCGGGUAGCGAAGAUGGUGAAGAAGAAGGAAAAGAAGGUUAAUGUGUCUGGGAAGCCGAAGCAUUCCCUGGACGUCAACCGAGAGAAUGAGAGUAACAAUUCCCGAAGCUCAGCCACUGUGCGGCGCCUUAAGAUGUAUAAUUCUAGGCCGAAGCGCGACCGAAGAGGAAAGAUUUUGAAGCACGAAUUGCAGUCGAAGGAAUUACCAUCUACGCGGAUCCAGCCUGAUCGUCGUUGGUUUGGUAAUACCAGAGUUGUGAACCAGAAAGAGCUUGAGUUUUUUCGUGAAGAACUCCAAAAUCGAUUGUCAAGCAACUAUAAUGUCAUCUUGAAGGAGAGGAAACUGCCUAUGUCACUUUUAAAUGAUCACCAGAAGCAAGCUAGGGCUCAUCUUUUGGAUACCGAACCUUUUGAGGACACAUUUGGACCUAAGAAGAAGAGGAAACGUCCAAAGCUUUUGGCUUCUGACUAUGAGUCUCUGCUUAAGAAAGCAGAUGGAUCCCAGGAUGCUUAUGAGCAAAGAGUUGCAUCUAAUGAAUCUGUCGAAGAAAGUGAAGGAGAUGGAUUUAGGGACCUGGUUCGGCAUACAAUGUUUGAGAAGGGACAAAGUAAACGUAUUUGGGGCGAACUUUAUAAAGUGAUAGACUCUUCAGAUGUCGUUGUCCAAGUUUUGGAUGCUAGGGACCCACAAGGUACAAGAUGCUAUCAUCUAGAAAAGCAUUUGAAAGAGCAUUGCAAGCAUAAACACAUGGUUCUUUUGCUAAACAAGUGUGAUUUGGUUCCUGCAUGGGCUACAAAGGGAUGGCUUCGUGUUUUAUCUAAGGAAUAUCCUACCCUAGCAUUUCAUGCAAGCAUCAAUAAGUCCUUUGGCAAGGGUUCUCUUUUAUCUGUAUUGAGGCAAUUUGCCCGUUUGAAAAGUGACAAGCAAGCAAUAUCCGUGGGAUUUGUUGGGUAUCCUAAUGUUGGAAAAUCAUCAGUCAUCAACACACUGCGCACAAAGAAUGUCUGCAAGGUUGCUCCUAUUCCAGGGGAGACCAAGGUUUGGCAGUACAUAACACUUACAAAACGGAUCUUCUUGAUUGACUGCCCUGGAGUUGUUUACCAAAACAGUGACUCUGAAACUGAUAUUGUGCUUAAGGGUGUGGUACGUGUAACCAACUUGCAUGAUGCUGCUGAACAUAUAGGAGAAGUUUUGAAACGUGUGAAGAAGGAACACUUGGAAAGAGCAUAUAAAAUAAAAGACUGGGUUGAUGAGAAUGACUUUCUUGUUCAGUUAUGCAAAUUGACGGGCAAGCUUUUGAGGGGUGGUGAGCCUGACUUGAUGACUGCAGCAAAAAUGGUGCUCCAUGACUGGCAGAGAGGUCGUAUACCCUUCUUUGUUCCCCCACCCAAUCAAGAAGAGGGUCCAUCAGAAGAAGAACCCGCGAUUUCUGGUGUAAAUGCAGAUGAAUUGGUUAAUAACGAUAAGGCGUCAGCAGCUAUUAGAGCCAUUGCAAAUGUUAUUUCAUCCCAGCAGCUAAAAGCAGUCCCUGUCCGAAGAGACCUCUUCAGCGAAACCGAGUUAAAGGACGAGACAGUGGAGGACCGUCCAGCCACCGAGGAAGAUGAAAAUGCAUUUGAUGAGAAAUCAGAGGAACUUUCAGCCUUAGAGUCGGAUGAAUUUGAUGAGAAAUUGGAGAAUCCGGUCACAGAGUGAUAAGCAUUUAUUAAUUGAAUACUUAAAAGAAUUUAGAGAAACGUUGUCAAAGUUAAACAGGAAGCUUGUUCCCUUUUCUUUUCAAAAAGUAUACAGAAAAUUAGCAUUGUAAUAUUAUUUUAUUUUCCCUGGGGGACAGGGUCCAAUUUUGUUUAUUUCCAGAUUAAAACAUUUAUGGUGUUUGAGGACAUUGUUUUCUCCCUUGAUUCUGUGCAAUGAAGACAAUCUUUUUUGCUUUUUUCUA